GUCGCUACCGAUGUGACCUUGCUCGCUUCCAAACAGGCGUAGCUUUUGUAUAAAAAAUGGAUCAUCUGUACCCUAAGCUUACUCCGUAUGAGUUCGACUACACAACUGAUAUAAACAAGAAAAUGAGAGUACCAGAAAAACUCUCCUAUGACUCCGAUAACUCUGGUACGCUAAGUGAGGGUCACGAUGUAUCUUUUCGCAAUUAUCCAGUUGCUGAUAUAAUUCUAGACGCAAAACGUACAUCAGAGAACACACCAGGAUAUAGCCCAGACAUUCUUAAUAACAGUGAUAUCAAGUCGAAGGUCUUUUGCAGUUCUCAAGCUCAUGCUUCUUCUCAAGUCAAUCAAGAAGAGGCUUCAGCUAGCGCUAGUGCUCAUGCUGGUGUUGUCUGUGAAACAUCAAGUCAUCGAAGUAAAGAACGCCUUCGUGUUGUAGCCAAGCCCUCGUCUCAGUCUAGUAUAGAUCAACAGUGCUUAUCAACUAUUGAACAGAAUCUUGUUAAACUUGAAGAAAGAAUUUCCCAUUUAGAAUUUCAACAAGCUCUAUUCAAGGGUGGAUUAACAUUAUAUAUAUUAUAUCGUAUAAUGAGAUGGAUUAUUCGAAAUGCCUAAUGUAAAUAAAAUUAUUAUUAUUAUUUUGUUUUUUGUCAAAGCUAAAGAUUAUAAUUCUCUUUUAUUAUUUUUGUUUUUCUCUCUAAAAUCAGUAUACAUCAUAUAUACAUACAUACUUACAUAUUUGCUUAUAUCACAUUCAGUGCAAACCAGUCAGAGUAGUUGACAGUUCAUCAAGAACAUAAUGUAUAUUCAGAUUAUACCACCUUGUAAAUGAUCUUAGAGAAAUGACAACACCAACAACAACCACAAUACUCAACAACAUCUUCAUCUUUGCCAGUACACAACACUGCCAAAUGUAUUACAGUUUUUUUGUUUUGUUUUUUGUUUUUACUACUACUACUACUUCGACUACUACUAUUCUUAUGCGUACUUUAAUUCUUUUAUUUUGUAAAGCAACUCACCAUCUCUUCUUUUUUUAUGGUGAUAUUCUUCAACAAUCAUUGAAAAUUUGCAUUACUUCUAUAAUAUAUGAAUCAUUCAGAAAUAAAGAGAAAUAUUUCCUGAGUAUUCAGAUUUCUGGCGGUUGUUUUGUUUUGAUUUGUAUGUUUACUUUGUAUCGUAUAUGUCCGAUGGUGUUUCUGUUCAG